AUGGCGGCUGCAGGUGCGAGUCGGUUUAGUGCAUUUAUAAAUGGUCCUAUGGGACCCAAGUCUGUGUUCUUCUGGGCGCCUGUCAUGAAAUGGGGACUUGUCCUUGCGGGAAUCGGCGACUUGGCGAGGCCGGCUGAAAAGCUUUCCGUGUCGCAGAACGCCGCCCUGGCCGUAACGGGUAUGAUUUGGGUGCGCUACUGCCUCGUGAUUACCCCGGUGAACUACCCGCUGGCCGCGGUCAACUUUUUUGUUGGGUCAAACGGACUUGUGCAACUUGGGCGCAUUUUCCACUACCGCUUCACACACCCAGACUGGCAGCAGAGUGAGAAGGCUACUGUUAUCAAAGCAUAA